AUGGUCAUCAGCAGCGGUUUCUCGGGGCCGGAUAAAGAGACGGGACCCAACCUUGUAGAUCGCCACUGCGGAGCACGGGAUGGCGCGGUGCAAGGAGAAUGGGCCCACGCCCAACCUCAGGAUGACACCGACAAAGAAACUGGACCCAACCUUGUAGAUCGCCACUGCUGCCGCCACACCCACGAGCACAGGGCGAGAGGAGGCGCCCCCUUCACCGCCGCCCACAUCUCCGCCACAUCUCCGCCGCUGCGGCAUCCACCAAUAAAACAGUUCCCAUGCGAACUCUACCCGAGAGGCGCUACACCGCAAGCAGCAGGACACAGCCCUGCCAUGGCAAACACCCUAGACACGUCGGCCGGAGGGCGCCGAGGCGAGAGCAAUGGUGUAGCAAGGAUGGAACAAGAAGCCAUUCAGAAACCUGCUCCAGUUGAGAGUGGAGAUUGUCUGGGGGUGGAGGAGCCCUUGCUCGAGGCCUCGUCCAAGGCCGCAGUCACUCUGGAGGGCCACCUGAGGCUGCCACUGCCACCCGAGGCUGCCCUCGCCAGAGGGCCUGCUUGA